GGUUCACCGCGCGAUCACUUUAUAUACAUUCGAUCAUGCCUCCAUCCUCCUUCUUAGUCUUCCCCUCGAAAUGAGUUAUAAAAUAUAAAAAAGCUAUCAUUACUCCCCAUUAUCUCUUCUUUCUCCCCCUUAAAAUCCACUGUCAAUAAAAAAGGGCCAGAAAGAAAAAAAGCAACAAUUUUACUCUUUUUCUUUUCAUUCCUUUACACUUCUUUUUUUUUUUUUUACUCUUAUACUUUCUAUACCCCCUUCCAUUCCUUUUUUAAACUUUAGAAUUUAUCCAUCAUAAAUGUACACAAUCUAUCAACAAGAUUUAUAUUUAUUUCAAACAGAGAGUCUAUACUACCAAGAUUCCGACGAAGAGGAACCUAUUCUUGUCACCCAGAAUUUGGACCAAGAUCAAUAUGAAUAUGAAUUCCCGCCCAAGUCUUAUUUGGAAGCUCUAAGUUACUUGGAUGAAGGAGAUAGCAAAUAUUCAUUUUUUGAUCCAUCUUCAUUUACUGUCACGGCAUUAUUAUCGGUUGAUCAAGAUCAUAUGUCAUGGCAUGAGACGACAAUGGUGGAUGAUGGCAGGCUAUCACCACUUCAAUUGCCCGCACAAAGGCCACGCGAGCUGUCUUGUGAAUCUGCUUCUACCGUCAAGCAAAUGCCUGUACGCCCAUCCUUCUUUUUAGCAAACCAAGUGACACAAACUAGAUCAAAUUCAGAACAAGAUAUGGAUAUAUUCUGCAGCGAAUCUGUACCUGUCAUGGACUUUGAUAGUUCCACCAUGACAGAUACACUCAAAACAAAUGAAUCAAGAAUCAUUCUUGUACGCUUAAAUAGGAACAAGUAUAAUGCACCCAUUACGAUCAUACAACAACACUAUACUGAAAACAUGAGCGAUGAAGGUUAUGACGAUAACGAAAAGGAUGAAGAAUUAGAAUCUGAUUGUCAGUUUUACUCCAUAUUACAAGACGAUGAAGAAUUAAUUCGUGAUAAAGCCGCAAUUAAAAUUCAAUCUUUAUGGCGUGGCUAUAACACUCGUCGUAAUAUGAAUCAGCCCAAGAUGCUUUUCCAUAUUGCUGCAUUGUGUGAUACGAUCAAUCGUCGACAAUAUGAAAACAAAGUCAAUCAAUUGGAAAACAAGUUGAAGCAACUGGAACAACGAUUGGAACAAGAGACUGCUAUGAGAAGAGCAUUUGAAAACACAGUAGAAGAUAUGACAGUAUUGAUUGAUCAACAGCAGAAGGUGUUGUAUGAUAGAUUAGAAGAAGAAGUGUCUUUACGCCAGACGUAUGAGUUGAAAAUGAACGAAGCACUCGACCAAACACAAGCAUUAGAGUAUUGUUUAAAGAAGGAAGUGACCGCAAGGACCAAGAUGGAAGAUAUGUUGACUCGUAUCCUGGAUCAAAUGCAUGAAACUGAAACGGCUAGACUGCAGCAGACUCAACAGGAUGCCGAGGAACGAAGAUUGAUACAGUCAAAGCUUGAUCAAGCCUUGAAUGAAAUCUCUCAAUUAAAAAAAAUGAACAUGUCAACCAGAAAAGAUCCAGUCAAAAAGACUUCCAAUGUUAUAUCUGUUGCCAAGGCAACAAAGACACCUAUUGGACGUCACCUCUCAUCUGUCACAGCAACAGGAAAGAAUUCACCAGUCAUGACUACUGAAAGACCUUCUGUUGUUCCCUCAAAUAGACGCAGCACUACUACUACUACUACUAAUACUACUAAUAACACUACACUUAAUUCAACUAAAAAGACACUACUGGUUCGAAAAUAGAUCAUCCUCCCUUCUCUCUCUCUCUCUCUCUCUCU